GUUGUAAGUGUAGAAUAGAUGGUAACUCUUGUAUAUAUUUAACAUAUUGUAAGUGUAGAAUAGAUGGUUGUAAGUGUAAAAUAGAUGAUAAGUUUUGUAUAUAUUUAACAGAUUAUAACUGUAGAAUAGAUGAUUGUAAGUAUAGAAUAGAUGAUAAGUUUGAUAUAUAUUUAACAGAUUAUAAGUAUAGAAUAGAUGAUAAGUUUUGUAUAUAUUUAACAGAUUCUAAGUGUAGAAUAGAUGAUAAGUUUUGUAUAUAUUUAACAGAUUCUAAGUGUAGAAUAGAUGAUAAGUUUUGUAUAUAUUUAACAGAUUAUUGUAAGUAUAGAAUAGAUGAUAAGUUUGGUAUAUAUUUAACAGAUUAUAAGUAUAGAAUAGAUGAUAAGUUUUGUAUAUAUUUAACAGAUUAUUCUAAGUGUAGAAUAGAUGAUAAGUUUUGUAUAUAUUUAACAGAUUGUAAGUAUAUUAUAGAUGGUAACUUUUGUAUAUAUUUAACAGAUUAUUCUAAGUGUAGAAUAGAUGAUAAGUUUUGUAUAUAUUUAACAGAUUCUAAGUGUAGAAUAGAUGAUAAGUUUUGUAUAUAUUUAACAGAUUCUAAGUGUAGAAUAGAUUAUACGUUUUGUCUAUAUUUAACAGAUUGUAAGUAUAGAAUAGAUGAUUCUAAGUGUAGAAUAGAUG